AUGAGAACCAAUUAAAAAUUAUAACCAUAAGUACCUAUACCAAAUUAUCCAUUUCCUAAUUCAUUUUGGUCCUAUAAUAACUUUGAAACUAAAGAAUUAGAUAAUUACCUAUAAUCUUAAUUACAAACUUUAUAAUCUUAAAUACCAAAAACAUGUAUUCAAGAUGGAUAUUAAUUAUUAUGCAAAAUCUUAAAUCAACAUCCACAUCCUCUAUUACAUGCUAAAUAAAUCAAAACAUAACAACCAUUAACCAAUUUACUUGGUGAAUAAUCAAUUGAUAGUAUUAAAAAUACAACUGAAAUCACUUAAUUCCUCGUCUUACAAAAUACACAAAUUGAUGCCAUUACUUUAACUUUGCUAUCAUUUUUAUGGCCUCUCUAUUAAAACUUAAACGUCUUUAAGUUGUACAACAUGAAAUUAUCUGAAACUGAAAUCGACAUUUUAUAAAAAAUUAUUGAAAAUAACAAACUCAUUAAACUAUUUAUUGAAUAUGUUAAUAUUGUUCCUCAAAUUAAUUGUCCAACAUUAACAUAAUUAUAUCUAAGAGGAAAUUAAAUCACAUAAUAAAAAUUACAAUAAAUCUUUUAACCAGGUACUCUUUAAGCUUUACAAGUUAUUGAAUUAAGUGAUAAUCCUCUUGGAAAAGAUUGUAACAAAUAUAUAUUUAUAUAAGCUAUUUAAAUCUUAGGAAAUUUCAUGAAUAAAAAAAACAGUGUUUAAUAUAUUGGAUUAUCUAGAUGUGAACUUGCCGCUUGGGAAGAUUUAAAGCCUUUAAUAGAAACUAUUGGACCUGAAAAAUUAAAUGAAGCUAAAUUAUAAUCAUAUAGAGAACUAGAAGAAAAGAGAGAUAAAUAAAUUAAAGAUCAAUUAAAAGCAAAAAAGAAGGAAGUUGUUGCUGAUAUUGAAUUAGAACCAUUAAUAUAAAAUGCUGAUGGAUGUAAUUCUUUUACUUUAUAACAUAGCUUAUUCAAUUAUGCAUAACCAGUAAUUAUAGAUUCUAUUUUUGGCUGUUAAUCCAUUCAAAGAUAGCGAUAAAGAUUAAAUUGAAAGAUUUAUUUAACUUAAUCCAAAUGUUUAUGUUGUUUUACAAGGAUGCUCAUUUGAAACCAAAACAAAAGAAAGGCUCAAAAAGCGCUACAAUAAUAUCAUAUUUUGA